AGAACUAGGCAUAAAUUAUAGUGUAGUAGGUUGUCUAGGUCCAGGGUGAAAGUAUAGGUAGUUUGUGUUAUUGUUUAUCUGUAAUAAAGUAGGACUAUUACUUUAAUCAAAUGAAUACUAAAGAAAAGGAAAAAUAUAUUGAAGAGUUUGAUUUUCCACACUGUGAUGAAUCUUCAAAAUAUGAAAAAGUCGCUAAAAUUGGACAGGGUACCUUUGGAGAGGUAUUCAAAGCUAGGGAUAAAAAGAACAAUAAGAAAUUUGUAGCCAUGAAAAAAGUUCUCAUGGACAAUGAAAAAGAAGGGUUUCCAAUCACUGCCUUAAGAGAGAUUAGAAUAUUGCAAUUGCUCAAGCAUGAAAAUGUUGUUAAUCUUAUCGAAAUUUGUCGUACUAAAGCUACUCAAUAUAAUCGUUAUCGUUCCACGUUUUACCUCGUUUUUGAUUUCUGUGAGCAUGAUCUUGCUGGCCUCCUCUCAAAUGUAAAUGUUAAAUUUAGUUUAGGUGAAAUUAAAAAAGUAAUGCAACAGUUAUUAAACGGCCUGUACUACAUUCACAGUAAUAAGAUUUUACACAGAGAUAUGAAAGCAGCGAAUGUUCUCAUUACAAAAAAUGGAAUAUUAAAACUCGCUGAUUUCGGGUUAGCGAGAGCAUUCAGUGUAAGCAAACCUGGACAAGCAAACCGAUACACCAACCGUGUAGUAACACUCUGGUAUAGGCCACCUGAAUUACUUCUUGGAGAUCGAAAUUAUGGACCCCCAGUUGAUUUGUGGGGAGCUGGAUGCAUUAUGGCAGAAAUGUGGACUAGGUCUCCAAUAAUGCAAGGUAAUACCGAACAACAACAACUCACUUUGAUAUCACAAUUAUGCGGUUCGAUAACAACAGAAGUUUGGCCAGGUGUUGAAAGUCUCGAUUUAUUUAACAAAAUGGAUUUACCCAAAGGACAAAAAAGAAAAGUGAAAGAAAGGCUGAAGCCAUACGUAAAAGAUGCGUACGCCUGUGAUUUAUUAGAUAAACUUCUUAUUCUCGAUCCAAGCAAACGAUACGACUCCGACUCAGCUUUAAAUCACGAUUUUUUUUGGACCGAUCCAAUGCCCUGUGAUCUUAGUAAAAUGUUGGCCCAACAUACCCAGAGCAUGUUUGAAUACUUGGCGCCACCACGAAGACCCGGACACAUGCGUCAUCCCCAUCAUCAAGUUCCUGGUGGCGCAGCCAGACCAACAACGAGUGUAACUGACAGUGGUUAUCAAGAUCGAGUUUUUUAAAUCAUUUAUCGAUAUUGUGUUACUCAUAGCAAUAUUAUUAUGUGACUGAAGUAUAGAUAAAAAACUUCAAUUUUAUUAAUUAUCCAAAUAUUUAUCGUAUUUUUUCAAUAGCAAUACAUAUUUUUUGUAUUAAUUAUUGUGCGUGAGUGUGUACAAUGUACACUUUAAAUGACUGAAAAUUUAAAUAAAAAAACAAAUUUUUUAAAUAAAAAACUUUUGGUGAUUUUCAUAUUUAUUAU